AUGGGUGGUUGUUUAGCGGGCGCGGAUCACAACGACGAGAGUGGCAGCCGCCCACACCCGCCGAGGUUCGUUCCUGGCGUCGGUGGCAGAAGACGACGACGGCUCGACAACAGUGUAAACCUUCCUCUCCGUGAGCAGCCGGCCAGCCGUCUUUCACACGGGAUUGUUGUAGUUGCGGGCCAACCGUGCGCGCCAUUUUAA